ACCUUUUUAACAAAAAAGACUCAAUAUUUAGAAAAAAGAAUGAGUUUGACUCUGAAGCUUCUGCUUCUACUUCUACUUCUUUUUGUCUUGAGUCAUCAUGUUGAUUCUGGCUCUAUAGUCAAGUUUCUUCCCGGUUUUGAAGGCCCUCUUCCUUUUGAGCUUGAAACCGGGUACAUCGGUAUUGGUGAGGAAGAGGAUAUACAGUUGUUCUACUACUUCAUCAAAUCUGAGAAGAAUCCAAAGGAAGAUCCUCUUCUUAUUUGGUUAAAUGGUGGACCUGGAUGCUCUUCUCUCCUAGGACUUCUUUUUGAGAAUGGACCUCUGGCUUUUAAGUUCGAGGUUUACAAUGGAGAUCUCGCUUCUUUGGUCUCUACUACAUAUUCAUGGACACAGGUGGCUAACAUAAUAUUCUUGGAUCAACCUGUUGGAUCUGGUUUCUCAUACUCAAGAACUCCACUUGAUAAAACUAGUGACACAAAUGAAGUUAAGAUGAUCCAUGAGUUUCUUCAAAAGUGGCUAAGCAAGCAUCCACAGUUUUUCUCUAACCCGUUUUACGUUAUCGGAGAUUCUUAUUCCGGUAAAAUUGUUCCGGCACUCGUUCAGAAAAUCUCAAAAGGAAACUAUAUAUGUUGCAAACCUCUCAUCAAUCUACAGGGGUAUGUGCUCGGAAACCCAGUAACAUAUCCUGAAUUUGAACUAAACUAUCGUAUUCCAUUUUCUCAUGGAAUGUCAUUAAUCUCUGAUGAACUAUACGAGUCACUGAACACAAAUUGCAAAGGAGUUUAUGUAAAUGUGGAUCCACGUAAUACAAAGUGUUUGGAACUUGUUGCAGAAUACCAUAAGUGCACUGACAAAAUAAAUCCACAUAAUAUACUAUUGCCAGAUUGCGAUGAUGACGAAAAUUCGGAAAAUAUAUCUCCUGAUUGCUAUUAUUAUCUAUAUUAUCUCAUUGAAAGUUGGGCCAACAACGAGAGAGUCCGCGAAGCUCUCCAUAUUCGAAAGGGGACUAAAGGACAUUGGAAGCGAUGUAACAGGACUAUUCCGUACAGUUCCGACAUUAUAAGCAGCUUACCUUAUCAUGCGAAUAACAGCAUCAGCGGAUACCGAUCUCUUAUUUAUAGUGGUGAUCAUGACAUGACGAUGCCUUCCCUAGCAACUCAAGCCUGGAUCAAAUCCCUCAAUUACUCCAUCAUUGAUGACUGGAGGCCUUGGAUGAUAAAAGCUCAAAUUGCUGGAUACACGAGAACUUAUUCCAAUAAGAUGACAUUUUCUACUAUCAAGAUCUUUUAAGCGUUUUGAUUAUAGGGAAGUGGACACACGGCAGAGUAUAAACCAAACGAGACAUUUAUUAUGUUUCAAAGGUGGAUCAGUAAUCAGCCUCUGUAAUAGAGACUUAUGGCUUUGAAGCGCGGUUUUUUAUAAUAUGAAAGACUCAUUUUGAAAACGCUCAAUGGAGAUACUCUUGUAUUUUUUUAUUGCAUGUACACGCCUACGGGCCAUAACCUUUUUCGGUGUUAUGCGCAUUUUUCGUCAAUCCAUGAAACAUUUAUAAGAUAUAUUACUAGUUUACUUGCCUA